UCUGAUAGUUAUUUGCCUAACGCCAGAAGAAGAAGGACCCAAUCUAAGUACACCACAUUUGACUUGUUUAUCUAACGCUAUAACGCUCUAAUGCGUCUCCUCGUCUACAUGUUUUGCAGCUACUACUAUAAUGUUGGUCUAAAUGUCUAUAAAUUCAUAAAUCAAUAGUAGGAGUCAACUGUGAUUUAGUAGCUGUUAGCUGCUAACUAGCAAAGGCCAGUCAAAACUUUAUAACACCAGUACGAGAAAAUGGACACGGGUGCUUUCACUGUCAUUUCCAAAGAUGUUCCCUUACCUCUGGCAUCACUGCGCCUUUUGGUUCCACCUCUCCAACUUAUGACAGCCUCAAUGUGGCAGGUUGUCAAGACACAAGAUGUCGGCAAUUACUGGAAAGUGGCAGAAUUUGUCUCUUUUGUUAUGGACAUGGUCCCCGAGCUCCUUAUGUACAAGCACAGGACACAUCUUAACCUGGGAUUAAGAGCGAGAUAUAUCCUUGAGUUAUGCCGAAAUGAGUCUGUGGAGCCUGGUUUUGUUUUGUGUUACUUGGACAAGAUUAAAUAUCCCUCCAAGAUGGAAGAAACAGAAAAGGAAGAAGCAACAGAUCACUUUCUGGAGCUAAUUCAGACUCUGCUUGAAAAUCCAGAAGCGAGAGAAGAGUUUUUUCUUGUAAUAAGAUAUUAUCUACACCUCAUGCGUAAACCUACUUUCCUUUUUAGCAGUGAGGAUUUUCCUGCUGUGUUUGGAGCUCAGUAUGCCAGUGACCUGUGUACACUGUUCUGGGAGUUUCUGUCUCGCCUGGCCCAGCUGUUGCCAAUUCCUGACCUGGAACAGACUGUUUCAUGGCUUGGAGUUGAAUGUUCUAUGCUGGAGGACUGUGUGCAGUCACUGUCUAAACCUACAGACCUGAAGAAUUUGCUACAGCACCACAAAAACCAUGGGCAUUUAGAGCAACACUUUCCACCAUCCAGCAUGGGCGACAGUAUUAUUUCCUCCCUCUCUGCAAAGCCUCUACACAGAGUGUCAAAAACUACUUAUCAAUUCAGCCAAUCAGAGUCACUUGAUGUUGGGAAUGUGGGCACACAUGCUGUUUCAUUUGUGGAUGAUGUAGCUGAAAUAAUUGCAGUGACAGACUACGCUGAGGUUGAAUUGGGUGCAAGCACAGAGAUUGAGGUUGUAAUGGGAGAAAGCUUCUAUGAAAGAACGGAUAGUAAAAAGGCUGAUACACCAGUAAUAACUGAAGAAACAAUAAGGCAAGAGAAUGCAGAAAUAGCACAAGAACAAACUGAGAUAGUUUCCAUGGACGUCAUCCACCCAGAGGUUAACAGCGGCAAAGUCGCUGCUUCCUCUCAACUCAGAGUCUCUGUAGGGCCCCAUGACUGCCAAGACUGUGAGAAGAAAUUUAAAUUUGCCUCUUCAUUAAUCGCCCACAGGGUCAUCCACACGGGGGAACGCCCCCACCGGUGCGAAGAAUGCGGCCGUUGUUUCUCCUUCAGGCAAUCCCUUGACAGGCACAGACACACGCACAAAACUGGACGCAGGUAUGUCUGCGCCCUCUGUGGGGAGACCUUCCGUUCCCUGUCAGCCCGCACGGAGCACAAGCAAAUGCACAUGGAAGAUGGAGUUUACGCCUGUCAGCAGUGUAAUAAGACGUUCAGCUGGGAGCUGCCAUAUGCAAGGCACCUAAAAACUCACACAGAAAAUCAGCACACAAACAAUAAUACAGAGAACCAUGAGAACGGACAAGAGGUGGUCCUGUGCGAUAAUCAUGAGAAUGCGGCUCCUGUUGAACCUGUUGAACCAAUUUGCCUAGUACAGGUGGAUGACAAUGGCGACCCAGCUGACAUAGACGCUCAAAGCAGCAACUGCACCUCCUCUGCGCCUGGAGGUCUCGUACCUGACCUCGACAAGGAGCCCAUUUCUGUGGUUACCGUUCGUACAAGUGGGCGACUACGCAAACCGACCAUGAAGGUCCAGGUGAUCAAUUUCCAGAAGCGGAUAGCCUCUAAUCGAAAAAAAGAAGUCACUAAGGCGAACCCACCCAAGCUUAAGCUUUUACCUUUUGCCAGUGCUGAGCACUCCUAUGGGUCACCAGUGGUCAAAGACAGCAAGGAAAACGGGUCAUCGGCUGCUUUCUCCUGUCCAAAGUGCUCCUUUCACCAUUCAGAAGAAGCAUGGGCCCAGAAGCACAUUGACAGCGUUCACUCUGUUGAGACGAAAGAAGACAACCCAUGUCUGCAGCCUCCGGAAGAGCAAGAAAAAAGUUUCAGUUGUUCAGACUGUGAAAGAAGCUUCAAGUUCCAGUCCUUACUGAAAGCACACCAGCUCAUCCACACGGGUGAGCAGCCCUUUGUGUGUUCUUCGUGUGGGCGGCGCUUCUCCUUCAAGCAGUCAUUGGAGAGGCACAAGCAGACGCACAAGUCUGGACGUAAAUAUGAAUGCUUGAUCUGUGGCGAGUUCUUUAAAUCCCUGAUGGCUCAGAGGGAGCACCAAAGCACCCACAUGAAGAACGGCGAGUAUCUGUGUUCUGAGUGUGGACGGGCAUUCGCCUGGAAGUCAGCACUGGUCAGGCAUCUAAAGACCCACAGCGAGGAUGAGGACAAGUUGGAGCAUUCAUAUAAAUGUCCUCGCUGUAACCUGAGCUUCAGCUGUGCCAGCUAUCUCGGCAGGCACCUCCAAAGUCACCAGGAGAAAAAAGAUCACGCCUGCAACUGCGGCAAGAGCUUUGCCUACAGAUCGGCUCUGGCGGCGCACCAGCGCAUUCAUCAGAAAGAGCGGCCGCACAUGUGCGCGCAGUGCGGAAAAGGAUUCCUCUACAAGGGGGGUCUGCUGAACCACAUGAAGAUCCACUCCGAGGAAAUGCCGUUCAUGUGCUCCCACUGCGGCAAGAGCUUCAAGCGGGAGCGCAACAUGAAGAAGCAUGAGCGCUGCCACACCAGGGAAAAUGUCUUCAGCUGCUCGCAGUGCGAGAAGACUUUUGUGUAUAAGGCGACGCUGAUAAGACAUGAGCUCACUCAUUCGGGCGAGAGGCCUUACCUCUGCUCCGACUGCGGGAAGGGUUUCUUUUCCCACGCCGAGCUUUUGAAGCACGAGCGUUUUCACACGGGCCACAAGCCCUUCCAGUGCCCCCACUGUGGAAAGAGAUUCACCCAGUCCUGCUACCUAACCAUACACUUGCGGUACCACACCGGAGCGCGGCCCUACACGUGCAGUGAGUGUGACAAGAGCUUCCUCAGCGCCAACCGCCUGAAAAGACACCAGCUAACGCAUUCAGGGGAAAGACCGUACCUGUGUGGGGAGUGUGGAAAGGGAUUCAGGCAGUCGUACAAUCUCAAAAUGCAUCAGCGAACACACAUGAUGAAGUGACGCUUUCGACUGGGACAACUGGAGGCUCAUUGUGGCUGUAUCUAUCAUGAAGUGCAAGGUAGAACAGGCUUCCUAAUGACGUGAAAUAAUUGUAUAAACAAGAGUUUUACAUAAACAGACUUUAAUUGAGACAUUGGGCAGGUUUUACAGAAAUGUAACAUUUGUUUGGAAAACAUUCUCACAACUGAUACAUUCUUUUAACAGCAGUAGCUUAAACUGGGAAAAAAAGCACCAAUGUGUCUAAGGUGAACAAGUAAGGAGGAGCCACACUCAGAUCAGCUGAACAUGUUUUAGUAUAUAGUGUUUUAUUUGUAUAUUUUAGAAUUGAAAGAAUGAAUUGGGUGUAUAAACUUCAGCUACAGGAA